AUGCGGACGUGCAUGCAACCCUGCAGGCAGAAUCUCGAGGCCCGCUGCCACCCACCUGCUGGAGACCUGCGCGCAGGACCUUCCUGCCAUGAACCAUUGGUCUCUGAGGACAGCACUUCCCGCCACCCGAGAGGAGGCGGAGCCAGAAGGCGGGGCCGCGGCUGGUUCCCAAGGCAGCCCGCAAACGACUACGCCUACCUGAUAGAGCUCGCCGCCCACGGCCGCCACUGCCUGCGCAAAAUCGGUCUCCUGGGCAAAAAACAAUCAUCGAGGCUCCGCCUUCUCCUCGUGCUCCUUACAAUUCUACUGCAUUUGGGCUUUAUACUGGCAAGCCUCCUCUUCUUAGCAGUGAACUUGACCUGUGCAAUGCUAGUCCAUGGAGAUGUCCCAGAAAAUCAGUUGAAAUGGACUGUGUUUAUUCGAGCAUUAAUUAAUGAUAGCUUGUUUAUUCUUUGUGCCAUCUCUUUAGUUAGUUACAUAUGCAAAAUUACAAAAAUGUCAUCAGCAAAUGUCUACCUCGAAUCAAAGGGUAUGUCUCUGUGCCAGACUGUCGUCGUCGGCUCUGUAGUCAUUCUCCUCUACUCUUCCAGAGCUUGUUAUAAUCUGGUAGUGAUCACCAUAUCACAGGAUACAUUAGAGAGUCCAUUUAAUUAUGGCUGGGACAAUCUUUCAGACAAGGCUCGUGAAGAAGAUGGAAGUGGAGGAGACUACAUCGUCUUUGGAAUGGUCCUCUUUCUGUGGGAGCAUGUACCAGCAUGGUCGGUGGUACUGUUUUUCCGGGCACAGAGAUUAAACCAGAAUCUGGCACCCGCUGGCAUGGUAAGCAGCCACAGCUACAGCUCCAGAGCUUUCUUUUUCGACAAUCCAAGGCGGUAUGACAGUGACGAUGACCUGCCAAGACUGGGGAGCUCUCGGGAAGGAAGUUUAUCAAACUCACAAAGUUUGGGCUGGUACGGCACCAUGACUGGGUGCGGCCGCAGCACAUACACAGUUACACCCCCGCUGAGUGGACCUGUAACGGACACUGCUCCUCUGCUCUUCACAUGCAGUAAUCUAGAUAUGAGGAAUCACCAUAGCUUAUAUGUAACUCCACAAAACUGAGGGCUUUCCCACAGAAGAAUUCUCGAACUGUUUUCCAUGAAUGUGUAUGUGUAUUCAACAUCUUUAAAAGCAUCUACAUCAACAUUGCAUCAUCUAUUGCAACUAGCAAAAUCUGAAAAUGCAGCUGUGUUUCGUGGAGAACCUCAAAACACAGCUGUUCAUUUUGACCUCUGCAUAGUGAAAUUCGAAGUUUGGAGGAGAAAGAGAGAUUAGAUGCUAAGGUACUUGAUGACCUCAGAACCUCCUAACUUUGAAUGUCCAACGCACAUUUGCAUAUUUGCACUUUUGCCUGUGUUCAGAAAGAAUACUCUGCAGUCCCCAAAGCCACACUCGAGUAUUCAUAACAUUGUACACCAGAUGGGAAGGCAGUUUUUCCACAAAAAUCAAAACCUAGAAAUUCAAAGGUGUACUCUACAUGGAAUUCUUACCCAAUUACAGCUUUAAAGUGUGAUCAGUGCACAGACUUAAGGCUUAAAAAUACAUCAUUCUUUUUAAAAAUAUGUAACACUGAAGACAGUUUUUUAAAGCAUGCCUUGAAAAAAUUGUCAAUUGAAAUCACUCCAUUAUUUUAAACAAGUUAUAGCAGAAACCCUUCAUGGUGCUGCUGGCUGGCAGUGUUCUUUGGAAAGCCAGAGCAGUCUUUUCAAAGGAACAAAAAGCCAGUGGAGACAGUGUGGCUUUGAGUAGGACUGGUCAAGUGGCUGUUUUGUAUGACUAAGGUAAGUAGCAGUUUAAGCAUGAUUCUUCCAGAAACUAUAGUGACUUUUCCAUAGGGGAUUUCAGUAGAACUUCUUGGGACUAACUAAACAAGUUUACAGAUGCAUUUAGGGAUUGUUCACUAAAAAAAGUGCUAGGUUUAAAACAGUAUGUUUUCAAAAAGUAUUCAAUUUAUCUAAAAGGAGAUGGAGCAAAUCCUACCUACUGAGUCAAGACUGUCCUCAGGUAAAUUAAAUCACGAGAUGUUUUGCAGUGAGCUGAAGUGCAAUACUUUAUAAAAUGUAUAAUCCCGCCUUUAUUUUUCACAUUUUAUACCUUGUAUAUGGGCUUAGCCAAAUUAAAUUAAUUCCAAUCAAUUCCAACACUGGAUUAAUAAGCAAACAAGAGAAGUGUAAGAGGUGUUUAGGACUUCACUAAGACUGUCUUAAUAUGCUACUGUAAGAGGUGUGCUUGUGCACACAUGUGCACUCAAACACACACACAGAGCAGUAGGCCAAGACAACACAAUUUUAAAAUGCACUUUCUAUCUGUGUCUACAUGGAAAUCAGAUACUGAAUACCUCAGAUAGAGGGGACAGGCAGCUUAGGAGGUGUCACACAAGUGGAGAUGACCCCACACAGGAUCUGCCAGCUGCUUUGGAACCAAGAUGAACAUAGCUGCCCUCUUCUGUCUACUGUGACUAGAAAUUGUCUUAUUUGUACUCAUAUCUAAAAUCUUUCAGCUUUUUAACUAAUUCAGCAACUUCACAAAAGUAUAAUAUGCGAAUCUUUAAAAACAUAUUGUUAAUCCUUUCUAUCUUUUGAGAGGAUGGUACAAAGCCAAAUACUUUUCUUCUUUUUAUGAAAAACAGAUUUUAAAUUCAACCGGAAGCAUACUUAUAAAUAUACAGCAUUUGUUUGUAAGUUCUUACUGUAACAAAUUAUUUAAACUUUUAUAGUACAGAAGUUAGCCUUGGUACUAUGAUGACAACCUAACAAUAGUCUACAACUGUGGAUUUGUUUUCAGUUUUUUGAUUUUUUUCAGAAUGCCAGUUGUUUAUUUUGGUGAUGUUAGGUAUCUAACUCAUUUUUUCCUAGUUAAGCUUCUCUCCACAAACAUCCUGGUUGACAAAGUAAAACAAAGAUUACUUAAACUCUUCAGAUAAAGUAUCUUAGUUCUUUUCACUGCACUGGUUGACUACACUGAAUUUGAGAUUUGUUAGUGUAUUUAUGUAUCACUGACUCAAUUACCUAAAUUCAGAGGCUAUGUACUCCUGGCUAUCCUGGAAACUCAGUGUAGACCAGACUGGCCUUGAACUCAGAGAUUCUCCUGCCUCUACCUUCUAAGUGCUGGAAUUAAAUGUUUGUGCCACCACACUUGGCCUAUAAAGUACCUAAAUUCUUAACAUUUGUCUCCUUAUAUACAUUUCACAGUACAUCACCAAAGAAGAAAUCUGCCGCAGUGUUUGCUUAAAAAUUCAAAAGCACUAGCAGCACUUUAAGUUUGGUCUCAGAGGGAGCUGUUCAUAAGGUCAAAGGGCUACAGUUCCCUGUCCACCUGCACUGAAGCACACGACAACUCCAGCCCUUCUUCACAAUCAUUAAUUAGAAAGUCGAAAUUCAUUGCUUAAGUGUAUAAUUCUACCGUGAUUAGCAAUAUUUGUUCUUAUUGUUUAUUACAUUUGGGUUACUAUUAAUUUUGAAACUCUUAACCACCUAUUGUAGCUGAUUGUAGUUUUAUGGACAAUGUAAUUUAUAGCAAAAGUGGCUUUUUACGUGUAAUUGCCUUUUUAUUGUUUAGCAGUGUU